AUGUUUCUCUCUUUCAAUCACUCUUUAUCUCUCUUUUUGUUUAUCUCCUCUAUCUCUCUCUCCCUAUUUCUUUCUCUCUUUCCAACUCUUUUCUCUUUCUCUCCCGCUCUUUUUCUCUCUUUUUCUCACUCUUUCACUUUCUAUCUCUCGUUUUUCUCUUUUCCUUUCUUCCUCUCGUUUUUUCUCUAUUUCCCUUUCUCUAGUUUUUCUUUCUCUCGUUUUCUCUAUUUCUCUCUCUCUUUCUCUCCCUUUGUCUCUCUUUUUCUCACCUUUUGUCACUCUGUUUCUCUCUAUCACCAUUCUAUCUCUUUCUCUCUCUCUGUCUCUCUUUUUAUCACCUUUUGUCUCUAUUUCUCUCUAUCCCUAUUCCUUUCUUUCUUUCUUUUUAUCUCCUCUUUAUCUCUUUUCCUCUUUUUUAUAUCCUCCUUCUCUCUUUUUCUCUUUCCCUCUUUCUUUCUUUUUCUUAACUCUCUCUUUCUCUUCCUCUUUCUCACUCUUUGUCUCUAUAUUUCUCUCUCUUUCUCUUUCACUGUCAUUCUUUCUCUCUUUUUCUGUUUAUCUCCCCUUUCUCUCGUUCUUUCUCUCUUUCUCACUCUUUUUUUCUUUCUUUAUUUUUCUAUUUCCCUUUUUUACUUUUUUCAUUCUUUCUCUUCUCCCCUCUCUCUCGCUUUGCAUUCAUUGUAA